AUGGUUUACUCCUAUACGAAAUGUUAUGUGCUAGACCCUUCUUAUAUUCCUCAGAGAGUGUCUUCAGAGAGACACCUUCACUGCACAGUGAACUCUGCAGCCUCCAUGGCCGAGCUCCAAGCAGAGGCCAGCUGCCCCAUCUGCCUGGGUUACCUGAGAGAUCCAGUGGCCAUUGAGUGUGGGCCCAACUUUUGUGACUCCUGCAUCCAACAGUGCUGGGAAGAUCUACUGGGCAUCUUUCCCUGUCCUGUCUGCCUCCACCACUGUCCUGACAGGAACUUCAAGAGGAACACCCAAUUAUGUCACAUGAUUGAUAUUGUUAAGCAGAUUCCCACCAGGGGAAGCCAGAAGAAACUGCAGGGGGAAAAAUCCCUGUGUGAGAAGCACAAUGAGGUUUUGACUCCUUUUUGUGACAAGGCUCUGGAGCUGUUGUGUCCCCAUUGUAAGGUCUCCUUAGACCACCAGGACCAGGCCCUGGUACCCAUUGAGGAAGCUGCAGCUCGUCACAGGAGGAAGCUCAAAAGCUACAUUGAGCCCCUGAUGGUGGAGGUUGAAGAUGCUGAAACGGAAUAUGAAAACCAAAUUGCAAAAACUUUUGAAGUACAGAAAAAGAUGGAAAAUUGGAGGAGGGAAUUGCACUAUGAAUGUAAAGAACUUAAGUGUUCCUUAGAAGUAGAGCACGAUGAAAUUAAUGCCAGCCUACUUACAGAAGAGAAGGAUGUUGAAGAGAAACUAACUGAAAAUGGAAGGCAAAUUUCAAACCAUAUGUUCAUGCUAAAUAAUCUGUUAAGUGAAAUAGCAGAGAAAUAUUUGCAGACAGACCUGGAUUUACUCACAGGUAUUGAAAGUAUCCACAACAGGUAUGAAAACCUAGAGAGCCCAGCAGUCUUUACAUAUGAAUUAAAGAAGGAGAGUUGCUCUCUCCACCCACAUUAUUUUGGUCUGCAUAAAAUGAUCAGCACAUUUCAGGUAGAUUUGACCCUGGAUCCUGAAACUGCCCAUUCAAGUCUCAUCACAAGAGAUAGAAAAGGUAUGACAUAUAGGACACCUGAUGGUCUUUAUAAUUCCCGGCACUUACUUUACCCAGCUGUCCUAAGUUCUGAGGGAUUUGAUGCUGGCAGGCAUUUUUGGCAGGUAGAAGUAAGAGGCACAGGUGAAUGGUCCUUAGGUGUGUGUAAAGAAUCUUCCCUCAGAAAUAGUCUUAUAUCACCAUCCCCAAGCAAUAGCUGCAGACACAUUGAGCUUUGUGCUAGUAUAUGUGGAACAUGCCCUAGAGGACAUGCCAUGUGGGUUGGCAUUUUUCUGGACUAUGAGUUGGGAGAGGUUUCAUUUUAUAAUUUGAAUAACAGGUCAUACUUGUAUAGACUCACUGAUAUGUUUACAGAAAAACUUAUGCCUUAUUUCUCUAGUGCACCUUCUUCAAUCAGUAUCAGAGACGAAUGA